GUUCGGUGUAAUCAAAACGCAUGCGCAACGAUAAUCUGUGUUUUUUCAUUUUUUUGUUUUCUAUCAGAAAAUCAGCUGUUUACGUGAAAUAAAGGAUGCAUUGAGGACUCUUUUAAGUUUUGAAGCCUGAGUUGCUGUACAACAUGGCAACAUCUAUAUGCAAUGAUACAUCAGAGUGCGUGGAGCUGUUUGAACCCCAUGGCCUAUUCUUGAAACCACUUGCUAGGCUUAAUGUCAGCGUUCAGCUACCAUCCAUCAAAAACCCAGGAAAAUCUAUAUCGAAUUGGGAAGUGAUGGAGAAAAUUAAACAUUUCGUCAGACCUGACCAGUUCACACAGUUAAAAGUUGUUAAAAGUACACUUGAGUUUAUCAGGUUUGAAGGCGAGGCGGACAAUAAAGCUUUGAUCAAACUGAUGAUCACAAGACUAGAUAGUAAAACAAUCAAACUCAGUGGAUUUCCAGAUACUUUAAAAGUACGAGCUGCAGAAGCAAAGUCAACAUUUCCUAGUCGCCAUGAUUGGGAUUCAUUUUUCCGUGAUGCCAAAAAUAUGAACGAAAUGAAAGCCGGUGAAAGACCAGACACUGUACAUAUGAAAGAUCUCCCUAUAAGAUGGUUUGUUAAUCGUAACGAUGAUGUAAAAGACAAACCAAGUGAAUACCUCAUACAGAAAAUAUUUGAACAAUUUGGUGAGAUUCGAUGCAUGGAUAUCCCAUGUCUAGAUCCCUAUAGGCAAGAAAUGGUGCUAAGUAAAAUAAAAGGAAGUGCUGGGACCGCAACCGCUCCAGUACAGCGUGUCCAACAGUUUAGUACUUUUGGUCCAGAUCUCACUUUUGAAGUUUAUCUCCAGUAUAAAGAGUAUAUGGGAUUUGUAAAAUGCAUGAAUGCCCUCCGUGAUAAGAAGCUCAUGUUCAAAGAUGAUGAAGGAAAAGCCUUUGUUGCUCCAAUAAAGGUUGACUUUGACAAGUUAAAGCAUCUAACUGACAAAAACAUCCGCAAACGUCGUCUGGAGAGGGAAAUGUUGGCUCAACUGGAGAGGCAGCGGGAAGAUAAACGAGAAGAUGAAAGGAGAAGGCAAGAACAGGAGAAAGAAGAAAAACAAAGAAAACUUAUGGAAAAACAGAAGAAAAAGGAGGAAAGGAGAAAAAUGCGGGAAAUCAAACGUCAUGAAAAAAAUCUAGAGAGAAAGCGCCAAGAAGAGCAACGUCGUAUGCAGCUUAGGAUAGCACGAGAAGAGAGAAAGAUGAUCAUUACUCAGAGGAAAUUAGAAUCUAUACGAAUCAUGAAAGAGAUUCUCAAAAGACUGAAAGCAAUAAAAGAAAAGGAAGAACUUGUGAAAAAGGAACACGAAUUAGAAGAGGAGAGAAGGCGACAAGUAGAAAAGGAAAAGAAGAUCAAAAUGCUUCAAGAGAAACGCAAAAUUCUUGCCCAAAAGCGCAAAAAGGAAAAACUUGAACAGCAAGAAAAAGAACUCAGAAAUCGUAUUCUAAAAAACUAUCGAACAUUAGAGGAACGCAAGGCAGAGAUACAAAGAGAGGAAUUGCGAAAAAAAUUAAGUGGUUCGAAAAGGUUAAAAAGCGCCAUAAUCAUGCACAAAUGAGUUCACGAGGUGUUGGAAGAAAGGGCAGAAAUAGUAAAAUGGGAGUCUGGUUAGAAAAUCCCACUAAUGACUUCCUGUUAUAGUUGAGGUCAAGGUCAAGAAGAAUCUUCUGAUCAGAGAGAAGGUUUGGAUAUAGAUUUAGGUGAGGGUUUAUUUCUUAAUGGUGGAUAGGGUUAUUCAAGAUUUUUAACCUUUUUAUACAUGAGUUGUCAUCAGGGCAAAAGCUAUUGUGUACAUAAGUCGUACUUUAGAAUUGGGAUUAUGUAUACAUGUCCUGUUACUGUGGUUUGCAAUAUCGAGAAUAGGGUUGGGGGGUUACUGAAUUGAGCAAACAGCACAGACAUGACAUUGACACCAUAGUUCGUAUUGAAAAAAGUAACACUAAUGAUGUAUGAGUGGUUUCUAAAUACAUGUAGUGUGAAAAAUACAUGUGGUAAAAAAAUUAAUCUCUAAUUUUGUUUCUGCCUUUUUUGCCAACACCUGUUCGUGAAAGAUGGCGCUACCUACACAAAUGAGGGUGCUGCCUCCAUAUAUACAUUGCAAUCUGGUGAUACAUAUCU